AUGGCGCUGGCGGUGCCCACUGACUCAUCCGAGCAGCAGCCACAGCAGCAGCAGCAUCAAGUGACAUCCUCCUCCAGUUCGGACAGCCCUCAACAGAGCGCAGCACCCUCGCAAAUCUCGGACAAAACUCAGCAGGCUGAGUCGCCGGCGGCCAGCGGCACGCCCGCCGCCUUCUCCUUCUCGCCACCCGGCGCGCCACUGAGCGCCUACUUCUCCUACCCGUCGCUGUACGGCAGCGGCGGCGCGUUCCUGGGCUCGACGCUGGGCAAGGGCGCGCACGGGGACGCCUUCGGGGCGUACACGUCGCUCCUGGCGGCCACCGUGCACACCACGCCGCGCCCGCGCCCGCAAGCGCACCCCCAGCCGCAGCAUAGGGGUAGAGGUGGCGGGGCGCAGGCGUCGGGGGCGCAGGCGGCGUUCGCGGCGCCGCACCCGCCGCUGCUGGCGUCGCCCCUGGCGGGCGCCGGCGCCGGCGCCGUGAGCUUCCUGAGCGCGCCGCUGCCGCCGCUCUCCACGGCCGCCUCCUUCUUCCAGCCCUCCAAGGCCCCCACGGUGCUGAACGUGAACGGCGUCCCCACCUGGUCGUACGGGCUGCAAGGCCUCCAGAGCCUGUCGACGCUGCAGGCGCCGCAGGCCUCCUUCGGGCAGACGGGCGCCCUGGGGCUGGGUGGCUUCGGGGGGCAGGGCCUGCUGCAGCAGCACCCCGCCCUGCAAGGGGGCUUCCGGCCGCUGCAGGCGCCCACGCAGCAGUUGAACAAGCCGGUGCCGCAGGUUCCCGCUACCACCACGCCCUCGCCGCCGCCCCGCAGCUCGCCGCCACAGGUGAAAGAGACGGAGGGCAGCCACGGCCACACGUCCAAGGAGGAGGAGGAGGAAGAGGACGAGGAGGAGGAGGAGGAUGAAGAGGAGGAGGAAGAGGAGGAAGAGACACACACACACGAGGACUCCCGUGGUCCCCAGCGCUUCCGUCAGUCUUCGAGCCGCGGGCGCCCUCGCGAGCCCCACGCGUCCGCGACGGACGACUGCGACAAGGCGAGCGGCUCCUUUUCCCUGCCGCCCUUCGAGCUGCCGCCCACGCUGCGGGCGAGCGCCUUCGCCCACGCGCCCGCCGCCUCCGCCCACGCGCGCGCCGGCCCCGCCCACGCCCACGGCCCCGCCCCCGCCGCCGCCGGCUACGAGGGCUUCCGCUUCUCGGAAAAGUACUUUUAUGAACGUGAUCCUUUGGCUUUGGGCGCCUGGAGCGCCAUGCGUCAUUGGGUGACACCCCCUUCCACGUUGGGUGCGGCAUUUUCUGGAAAGAGGCAACAAGAGCGGCAGCGCGCUCGUGACCACGCCCACAAUCACCGCCCCCACGACGAUUACGAGCAUGACCACGAAGAGUCGCGGCCUUCCUCCCACUACGACCACAGCGCGCGCUACGGCAGCGGUGGCAACUACGACGACCACCGUGGCGGCUACAGCGGCCGCUCCGAGCGGUACUCGCAGCAGCAGCACAAGCGCGCGCAGCGGCCGCGCGACGCACUAGGAGGCGCGUCGGAGCACGCGCCCGCGCAUGCGCAGAUCGUGACACACAACCGCAGCUCCAAGACAGUGGAUUACUCCUUCGAGACGAAGCAGCACAGCGAACACAACUGA